ACACUUCGGAGUCGCCUUGAUAGUACUAUUGGCGCGGUUGCCGGAUUCUGCGCAAGAAAUAUCGAGGCAUUCAGGUUAUAACGGUUGGGAGGAGAGUUUUUUCUCGCGCGGUCGCUCCGGCGUUGCCAGAUCGCGCGGCGCCGCAGCCAUGAGCCACCGACUCCUCUGGACUCGACUGGACUCGUCUCUCCGUUGCUGCACGCUCUGCGUCGAGUGACGGCCAGUGAUGACCGGCCCGUCAUCCGUGGCGCGUACUUUUCUGUUUAAUCUCGACUGAUUCACGUCUUUCACUGCCAACUCUGCAAACCAUCGCACUGCUGUGCACGUCGACCCGCCAAGGCCGACCCAAGUGAUCGUUCGAUCGCGGCAUAAGCAUCGCAUUUUUUAGCCGGCGUUCCAAGGACCGAGGAAGACGAACGCCCAACAGUGUCGCUGUGAAGCGACGUCGGGUGUCGCGACGCGGCCAAGGUUUCGCGCCAGAGGUAACGUCGAAUCCAUGGGGCUUGAGUCGGGAUAGAUUCAGGAUGUCCAUCAGGAAGAUCUGCGGAAUCGGAGCGGGCUACGUGGGUGGCCCCACGUGCAGCGUGAUAGCGCUCAAGUGUCCUGAGAUCACGGUGACGGUCGUGGACAAGAGCAAGGAGAGGAUCGAUCAAUGGAAUUCGGAAAAACUGCCGAUCUACGAACCCGGGCUUGACGAGGUCGUGAGAAAGUGCCGAGGCCAAAACCUUUUCUUCUCGACCGACAUCGAAACCGCUAUCAGGGAAGCCGAUUUGAUCUUUAUCUCGGUUAACACGCCGACGAAAACCUUUGGUAGCGGUAAAGGUAGAGCAGCCGAUCUAAAGUAUGUGGAGAGCGCAGCUCGAAUGAUAGCCGAAACCGCGACUGGGGAUAAAAUCGUCGUGGAAAAGAGCACCGUGCCCGUCAGGGCUGCUGAGAGCAUCCUCAACAUCCUGAGAGCCAACCACAAGCCCGGUGUCUCGUAUCAGAUCCUCUCGAACCCUGAAUUCCUGGCCGAGGGGACUGCCAUUGACGACCUGGUAAACGCAGAUCGCGUUUUAAUCGGAGGCGAGGACACACUCGAGGGUCAUGCAGCUGUGGAGGAGCUCUGCAAAGUGUACGAGCACUGGAUCCCUAGGAAAAAUAUAUUAACGACCAAUACAUGGAGCUCGGAAUUGUCGAAAUUGGCUGCCAAUGCAUUUUUGGCUCAGCGCAUAUCGAGCAUUAAUUCCCUGUCGGCGGUUUGCGAGGUAACCGGCGCGGACGUCUCCGAAGUGGCCCGAGCGGUCGGUCUCGAUUCUCGAAUAGGGUCGAAAUUCUUGCAGGCCUCGGUCGGUUUCGGGGGCUCCUGCUUCCAGAAGGAUAUUUUGAAUCUAGUCUAUAUCUGCGAGUGCCUCAACCUGCCCGAGGUUGCGGCCUACUGGCAGCAGGUCAUCGACAUGAACGAGUACCAGAAGUCCAGGUUCUCCGCCAAAGUUAUCGAGUCCCUUUUCAAUACCGUCACCGAUAAGCGAAUAACCCUGCUGGGAUUCGCAUUUAAAAAGAACACCGGGGACACUCGCGAGUCGCCGGCUAUACACGUCGCGAAAACAUUGCUGGACGAAGGAGCGGUCUUGCACAUCUAUGACCCCAAGGUGGAAGAGUUCCAGAUAAUUGAGGACCUGACGCAUCCCUGUGUGACGAGCAGUCCAGAAUACGUUAAAAGCCGCAUUCGCAUAUAUGGCGAUGCUUAUAGUGCUACUAAAAACACCCAUGCCAUUGUUUUAUGUACAGAAUGGGACGAAUUUAUGCAAUUGGAUUAUAAGAGGAUCUACGCGAACAUGAUGAAGCCUGCUUAUAUAUUCGACGGCAGGAAGAUCCUUAACCACGAUCAGCUACAGAAAUUCGGUUUUGUAGUGCAGACUAUCGGCAAGAAGCUCAUGAGAACAGCUGUACCGAGAAUGUGGGGUAGCCAGUCACAGAUUUAAAAUUUGUGGACAGUUAUCGUGGGGACUCGUUUGAUUCGCCACUGCGUGAUAAUGACUAGAUCAAGGAACGUUGUUUUCAUUGUUGACUCGUGGAUCCAUGGAUCCCCGAACACGUUGAUCGUCACAUAGUGAGAUCGGUAUAUAAAGCGUUGAGUGAGUCAAUGGUGGAUUCGUCUUGACACAACGCCAUGCAAAUUUAACGUGAACAUUGUUCCAGAUGCACAGUAUUCGUUGAAAUUUAUGAACUCUCACUGACUUGGAUUUGAACCCUGCGCGAUGUUUCACCGAGUGUAUUUUAGAAUCUAUUUCUUGCGAAUGUUACUCGGAUGAAGAGAAUCGGUGGGCAGGGAUAGGCAGCAAUAAGUAUUAUAUUCAAGGAUAACGAAGUGGCUAAGCUACUUUUUUAAUCAUUUCUAUUCGGAAUUAAACUUUGAUAAACGCGGUAUGAGCGGUUCUAAUUCAAGCCGUGUAUACCUCGCGUAUCCGUUUAGAGAUAAAUUAGAGCGAUAGAAAUCAUUGUAUCAAUCUAUUCCCUAAUUGAAUUAUAUAUUUUUUGCAACAA